AGUGUAGCCCCAGCAGUGCCACCUGUCAGUGGCCAUCAAUGCCAGCUGUCAGUGCCCAUCAGUGCCUCCUAUCAGUGCAGUCAGUGCCACCUAUCAGUGCCAUAUAUGAGUGCUGCCUUACAGUGCCCAUCAGUGAUGCCUGUCAAUACUCAUCAGUGCCCAUCAGUGCCGCCUAUCAGUGCCCAUCAGUGCUACCUAUCAGUGCCCAUCAGUGCCGUCUAUCAGUGCCCAUCACUGUAGCCUCAUUAGCGCACAUCAGUGAAGGAGAAAAAAUCACUUAUUUACAAAAUUUUAUA